CGCGAUACCCGCCGCGAAACAUCCGAAACGUCGGCGACGUGUGCUCGCAAAGCUCGAAAGUUUUCAGGUUUUUCAGUGCGUGACGUUGGACCCUCACGGUUUCGGGGUGCGUUUGUGGCUUGUGCUGCGGUGGGACCGAGGCGUUCUUGCCCAUGUGAAUUUUAUGGCAUGAAACGCGGAACGGUACAAUAAAUGAGGAAAAAAUGUAUGGAAGGAAGCAAAUGAGGCGCUUAGUCGCUCUUCUAAUCCUGAUAACGUGUUUCAUGUCAUCAGGUGGUGCAGAAAACAACUUAACCAUAGCAGAAGUUCCUGUGGAAGUUCCUAUAACAACAGACGAUGAUUCCGAACAGGAGUUAUCAUCGCAGCUACAAGAAGUUGACAGCAGAUCUGGAGGCUGGUCUUCCUGGUCUGAGUGGUCUGCGUGCUCAAGAUCAUGCGAUGGGGGUGUCUCGCACCAAUUAAGGACCUGCAAACCAGGAUCUUGUCGAGGAGACCAUGUCAGAUAUAAAAUAUGCAACAUGCAGUCGUGUCCAGAGGCUCACGAAUUCCGCGAGGUCCAAUGCUCAGCAUUCAACAGCAUUCCCUACCAAGAAAAUCUUUACGAGUGGUCAGCACAUUACGAUGAUUCAAAUCCGUGCGCACUUACCUGCAAAGGCAAGCCGAUUAGUGAGUCAAGUACUAAUGAGGAUCCUGUGCUCGUUGUGGCAAAGCUUGCAGAUAAAGUUCACGACGGAACUAGAUGCAGACUAGGAAGUUUGGACAUGUGUAUCGAUGGAAAAUGUCAGAGAGUUGGGUGCGAUCUGAGGAUUGGGUCAACGAGACAAGUGGAUGAAUGUGGAGUCUGUGGCGGAGAUGGAUCGUCAUGUUCGAGACCUUUGUACCACUGGACGCUAACGUAUAUGUCACUGUGCUCGGUGACAUGCGGCGGAGGCUACAAAAUGUCACGUCCCUUAUGUCAGAACCGGGUGACUGGAGAGGAAGUUGAAGAAGAACUCUGUAACGAGUCACAAAAGCCCGAUUCGACGAUAGUCGAGUGUAACAUCCAUAACUGCCCUCCCAAAUGGCACGCUGGUGAAUGGGGUCCGUGUUCAGUGAGUUGUGGUGGAGGAUCAAGACUUCGGCAAGUAUAUUGCGUGGAAGAAGCCAACAAUACUAAAAUUAGGGUUAAUGAUCAGAAGUGCACCGGACACAAGCCUUGGUUUCAGGAAGCCUGCAAUCAAAUGGUUUGUCCGGCUUGGAUUGCCUCGUCGUGGUCAGGAUGCUCGGUAUCUUGCGGGGAAGGCACGCAAGUGAGGGUCGUUGAAUGCCGAGAUUCCGCAGACAAGCCCAGUUCAUUGUGCCCUCAGAAACUUAAACCUAUUGACAGCAAGUCCUGUUCGACGGGCAUUCAAUGUCCGCAUCACAUAGAUGCCAGCGAGGAGUUUUUGCCCGGUCUCUAUCAUACUCAACCUUUGGUCCAACCUUAUCCUCCACCACCGCCAGCUCAUGCAGAACGACUUGUCGGGGAGCAGGUUGUGCCCUCUGAAAGCACAUUUGUCCCCGACGAGUGGGGCCCUUGCAGCGUAACUUGUGGCGAAGGUGUCCGCAAACGUCAAGUCCACUGCAAGAUUUUCCUCGAAUUUUCAAGAACUAUCGCCAAACUUCCAGACAAACAAUGUACUGGUCCUAAACCAAUAGAGACAGAAAAAUGCUUUAUGGAACCAUGUUCAGCUGAACGCAUCGGGGUCGAUAUUAAAGAUGACCCCUAUCGAUCGGAUAUUAAAGUCGCCGGGGGCUUUCCUGGAAAAUCCUACUCGUGGAAAGAGCAAGGUUACACUCACUGCAGCGCCACUUGUCUCGGAGGCGUGCAAGAACUUAUAGUCAACUGUGUUCGCGACGACACACAGAAGGUCACUUCGCCAUACUUGUGCCCCAUUGAACUCAAACCUGAAAUACUGAUGAGGACUUGUAACGACCAUCCUUGUCCCCCUCGAUGGAACUAUUCCGAUUUUUCGACAUGUUCGCAAAGUUGUGGUAUUGGAAUUCAAACCAGGGAGGUUAACUGUAUACACGAGGUGACCCAAGGCGGGGGCAAUACUGUCAUAGUUCCAAAUAAUAUGUGUCCACAACCACCUCCACCAGAUCGACAAUAUUGUAACGUUUUGGAUUGUCCAGUGAGGUGGAAAGUGUCAGAAUGGUCAAGAUGUAGUAAACCUUGUGGUGGUGGUGAAAAAAUCAGGAAAGUUGAGUGUAAGCAAGUGAUGGCUCAAAAUCACACAGUAGAUAGAUCACCCGAGCUUUGCCCAAGUCCCAAACCCCCAGACCGAAAACCUUGUAACACAAAAAGUUGCAUCAUAGAAAGCGAUAAACCUCACAUUGACGUAUCAAACAGUUCGUUCAUUCAACACGAUUUCAAAAAGAAGAAAAUUGCUUUAAAAGUUGGGGGAUCAGCUACGGUAUUUAUUGGAACCACAGUUAAGAUCAAAUGCCCGGUCAAGAGAUUUAACCGAACGAAAAUCCAGUGGGUCAAAGACAAGAAUUUCCUGCCCAAGUCCAAAAAAUACAAGACGUCCAAGAAAGGGGCUUUGAGAGUACAAAAUUUGACGCUACGCGACAGCGGCCGUUACACUUGUGUCGCAGGCCGGUCGUCAGCCAGUAUCCAGAUUUCUGUUCGUCCAAAACCCGGAGAAUUCCUCACAUCUGAAGAAAUUCAAAAGCAGAGCAGCAAACCCGACCGCAGUGAACUAAUAUCCGACGUUUACGUCAACAGAGAAGAUGCGAGUCCGAUUUUCAGCAGCGACGAUCACUCGCACGAACAAAGGCCCGACAUUGUUAGAAAAAAACCGACACCCAGAACACGGAUAUUAUCACCCACUCUGCCCUCUCUCAAUUCGAAUAAUUUGAACGCUUACUUGCCGCAAAGCACGACGCUCCACCCGGAUAGUGUGCAUGAUGAAGUGCUGCCGACUCUUUCGCCGGCAAGCUCUUCCGAAUCGCUGAAACCUUUUUAUGAGAAUUCGGCUAGUUCGGCGGGACGAAUCAUGCCGCAUUUUCAAAAACUCUUAUCUAAUUUGCAGCAAUUGUGGCCCUUCCAGACAUUCAGCAACUCUCGGGGUCAUCGCAUGGUAGCCUUCCCGGAAGAAUCCUUCCAAGAGAAUUCAUUUACGUCGCCAUCGACCGAAGACGAAUUCGGCUCGGUUGUAGUUUUGGGCAAAGGAACUCCGGAUAACUUAAAAUUCGAAUGGGUCAUUUCCGAUUGGUCGAAAUGCUCGCAAACCUGCGGCGGAAAUGGCUUUCAGAUGAGGGUAAUUCGUUGCAUUGUUCGACUACACAAUAUGACACACGGCGUUGACCAUAACUUAUGUGAGGACGCUGGCUUGGCAAUUCCAGCGACGGAACGAAAAUGCGGAUUGGACAAGUGUCCCAGAUGGGUGACUUCUGAAUGGACGCCGUGCGACAAAUCCAAGUGUUUUGAUUGGCACACAGCAAUGCAGAGAAGACUGAUCAAGUGCCAGAUUGAAGGGAAUAUUACGGUGGCGGAGUCCAAGUGCAACGAAGGGAACAAGCCAACACAUAGGCAGGAAUGCUCAAAUGAGAGGUGUGUGGGGAAGUGGAAACUCGGAGCUUGGUCAGAAUGCUCUGCUGAUUGCGAAAUGCCAGGAUUCAAAUACAGAAUCCUGCAAUGUGUUUGGUAUGGCACGAAAAAACCUGCAGGAACGGCCUGUAAAGACCUUCCCCGUCCUCCAGUUAUGAAGACUUGUAAAGGACCUCCGUGCUCGAAAUCAGAAUCGCCAUGUAAAGACCAUUCUAUGUUCUGUUCAAACGUGAAAACGAUGAAUAUGUGUAAAAUAACAAGGUAUCAACAACAAUGUUGCAAGACAUGCAAGGCCGGUUAGAGUUUGAAGUGUCUCCGAAAAGGCUUUAAUUAAUAUUUUGAAGACGGUGGAGUUGUUAUAUUGUGUGAGCAAAGCGAUGUGUGAAGUGUGUUCAAAAAGUGACCUAAGUAUAUCAUCUAUUAAAAAUUUUUUGGACAAAAGCUGCACUUAGCAAUAGUAGAAGAUAGAAAAUACGUUCGAAUCGUCUCAGUUUGUGCUGAUCUGAUGUAUAUUAAUGUACUCGUCGUAUUCACUGGCGAAGUUUUGCCCUUUGAUAAAUGUUUUUCUGAGAGGGUAAAAAAUCCCUAAUGAGAACGACACAUUCAAGACUGAUGUUUUUUGUUACACUUUUUGUUUGGUUACUAUAUAAAUCCCAUGACAUUCCAUUAUUACUGGUAUUAAAUAUUAGGUCCGCCGUAAAAGAGAAAUAAACAUUAGUGUAACAAUUUCAGGUAGUUAAGUAUAAUAUUUUGUUUUUAGUGUAACCGACCAGAAAUUUUUGGGUUAUUGCAUACUUAAACCUCAACACGUACCUGCUUUUAUUAUUCUGUAAUAAUACAUGUAUUUUUAUAUUAUUGGCAACAAAGCGAUGCGAAAUUUAUUUUCUAAAGACACGGCAUAAAGACAUACAAUAAAGUCGAAUGAAACUAGAAAAUAUAACGUCCAAAAUGGAUAAAUGGGUCAACUAUUUUGCUAGGAGAAUUAGAGCUAGGUAGUUAAGUUUUGCGUUCUUUUAUUCAGAGUUACCACCAAUUUUUUCGUUUAGGUGUUCACUUAAUGUCAUUAUUUGUCAGUAUUUUCACAGUAGAUGGACUUUAGUCAAUUUGUAUAAUAAUUAAACAAGUUGUACAUAUUGUUUUACACGUGGAUAGUUUUGUAAAUAAUAUUUCAUAACUUAUUGCCAUUAUCUGUUUAAGUUUAACUGUGUUUGGAGAUGAUGAAUUUGUAAAAAAUGAACAAAGGAAUGAUGCCAUGUAAAUUGUAAAAAGAUAAACGAAUUAUUUAAUUAUCGAUAGUCAAAUAUUGUUAACGAUUGCCUAAGAGUAUAUACAGCUUAUGUUAAACAAUGUUAUUGAUUGUAUUAUCACAACACUUGUAGUAUUGUAAAUUAAAAUAACGAUUGUCAGUGAUGACGGUGAUCGAAAAAUUAUUAGCAAAAACGCUCGUUUUCAGUGGCAUAUCUAGGAUUAAAUCCAGUUUGCUACCCCUUUCGAUACGCCACUGCUUACGUUUAGCUAAUGUUCAAGAGUUAUAUUUCAAAUAUUAACUACCACUAUAAUAAAAUAGGAUUCAGUGGAGAAAUUUAUAGCAAUUUUUAUUGUUACUAUUAUUAUGGUAUUAUCUCUUAGGUUAUAGUUAUUCAUUUUUAUUCCUUACGUAAGUAAUCAUUCCAUUUUAAAUUUUCCCAAGGAAUCUACUUAAAAACGCGUUGUUUUUAAACUAAAAUUUAAAAACAUUGUUUGUUCGAAAAUGAUGAAUAAAGUUUUUUCUUUA